AUGGACGGGCCCGAACCUGAGACGACACCGUUCGACGCCAUCAGUACACAAGGCAACAGGCUAUUAAGACAAUACCAAACAUACCUCGACAAAUGCACUCCCUAUGUGGCCUACCGAUGGGCGUCGACAGGCGCCAUACUCGUCCUAUUCUUCCUUAGGAUCGUCAUCGCACAAGGCUGGUACAUUGUAGCCUACUGUCUCGGCAUCUACCUGCUCAAUCUCUUCCUCGCAUUCCUCCAGCCUAAGUUCGAUCCCAGCUUGUCGCAGGAUGAAGGUAUUGAGGAUGGUGAAGGCUCUUCGCUACCAACAAAGCAAGAUGAUGAGUUCAGGCCUUUCAUCAGAAGGCUGCCCGAGUUCAAGUUCUGGCACGCUGCAACGCGUGCAAUCACGAUCAGCUUUGUUUGCAGUUGGUUCGAGGUGUUCAACCUGCCGGUGUUUUGGCCGGUUCUCGUCAUGUACUGGCUGAUCUUGUUUUCUCUGACGAUGAGACGGCAAAUACAACACAUGAUCAAAUACCGCUAUGUACCGUUCUCUUUCGGGAAGGCCAAAUACUCAGGCAAAUGA